AUCAAGCACAGUGAGAGCCGAGCUGCUGGAACGAGGUGUUUUGGCAAGGCUGUUUUGUUUGCUCCUCUUACUUAUUGAAGUACACAACCAAAGUCAUGUCGGAGUUAUGAACGUCAUAUUCUUUAUACUGGAUAAUGCAGACAGCAGCGGAAAGAACUACAGCUGAACUGACGAGGCUCGUGACUUCCCCAACUUCUCGUGUUUACAAUCGCUAGGAGUAAUGAUACUGACGCUGGAAAUAAUUUCACCGAGCGCCAGCCCCUCACGCGGAGAGUGCAAUGGCUCCCUUCGCUAGCGCUUGGCGCAGCUGACCGUCACGGAGCAGAAGCGGAUGGCAUCGCCUUACGUCCAGGGCACUGCGUCCUAUGCAACGACUUCAUCGCCUUGGAGCCGGGAGCGGCCGGGCCCUGCGGUUCCAGGUGUCGCGCAGCAGGUGGCAGUCGACGGGGUCAGUCUCGCAGCAGCCGGAGCGCCGGGCACCGCGCUGUCUUCGGCUGCGUCCGCAGGCGGUCUGCUGUCGCGUCCCAACAGCUUUAAGGUGCUACACGCGUCUUACGCCGGUGCGCCUGAGGCCGUUAGCUCAGAGCUAUACAGCUCAGCAGCCUCUGCAGGCUCCUCCGUGCCGCCACCCGCCUUUGGCCGUGGUGCCGUUGCCGGCGGUGCGGGGGGCAGCGCCGCGCCCCUCUUCUCCACCUCAUCCGGCCGCAGCCUCCUAUCGCCUGACCACGCCACCGCACAUGCCGCCGCCGCCGCCAGCGCCGCGCUGAGCUAUGCCCGCGGGCCUUCCCUGGACCGGCCGUCGCCUGGCGGCCCCAACAGCUCGAGCCUGAGCGGCGGCGUAGGCUGUUCUACCGGAACCAGCACAAGCGGGGGAGUCGUGAGCGCAUUCAACCACACCCUUGCCCUGGCCACUGGCAACGCCAGCAGCCGGCGCGGCACCGGCUUCGUCCCGCGCGCCGCCAGCCCCAACCCCAGCCCGCUCCUCGCCGCGCGGCCCGCCGCGCCUCCGCCAUCACCACCACCACCACCUGCACCAGCACCCGUAGCAGCACCGCCGGCGGCACCGGCACCGCUCAGCACCAGCCACGGCCUCGUGAUUAACCUUAGCCUCAGUCCCGCACUCCACUCCGCCACCAGUACGGACGUGCCGCUGGCGUCGCCGGCCAGCCCGCCACCGGUGACGCUGGCAUCAGCCUUCCUGCAGGCCCGCACGCACGACGGCGCUUUUGGCGGUGCCAGCGGUGCCGCAGGUGGCGCCAGCGGUGGCUUGACCUCCUCUCCAAGUGCCAGCAACUUCCUUGGCGCCGGCUCCGGUGCUGUUGCUAGUGCCGGCUUCAACGCAGGCGUGGGUGUGGCAGGCUCGAACCUAGCCCUAGGCCUGACCGGCGCCAGCAGCUCCGGCAACCUGGGCCUGCGCACCGCCAGCGAGCGGCGCAUCCAGCGGCUGCUGAAUAAGAUUGAUAGCGUGUGUAGCAACCAUAGCAACCACAGCAACCAUAGCAACCACAGCAACCACAGCAACGAUAGCCGCGGCGGCGGCGAUGGCGGCGGUGGAGCAAACAGCGCGCACGGUGCCAUGGCGGACGUGGGCGGCGCCAGCCGCAGUGACAGCCUGCAGCCGUGGCAAGGUCGGCCGGGGGAGGAGCGGGAGCGUGACCGUGUGGGGCGGGACCGGCGGACGUCAGCGCCCGCGGCUCAGGACCUGGCGACUCUGCUGCAGCUGCUGGCGCCGCAUGACGAGUCAGGGGCGGACAGCAGAGGCACUUCGCCGGGCGGCGGCCGCGCGCGCCGCUCGACCGCGGCCAGCGGCGGCUCGCGGCUGCAGGGCGGCCCUAAUGAGGCUGUUGCUACUGCUGGUGGCGGGGCUGUUGCUACUGCUGGUGGCGGGGCUGCCUCUGUAACAGCUGCGGGGCCGGGCGGUGUCGGCGCGGCAGCGGCAGCCCGACCGCAGCAGCUGGGGGCCCGCGGUGCGGACGGGCGCAACGCGUCGGAGAGCAGCAGCCGGAGCGUCAGCCGCAGCGGCAGUAGCAGCAGCGGCAGCAGCCGCAGGAGCAGCGGCAGUGGGAGCUCAAGUAGCGACUGGGACGGCGAGGGCGAGGGGCCCGGGGCGCGGCUGCGGCAGCCCCUGCCUGCCGCGGCAGCAGGCACCAUGGCCCCACCUGGACGCGACGUCGUGGACGUGACCCUCCGACGCAGGACCUCCAGUCCAGUCGGCAGACACACGUUCACGCCUGCUGCCUCUCCUUUCGCCGCCAAGCCGCGGCCUCAGAGCCCAGGGCAAGCCAGGGGCGGGCCCUCCGGAGGCAGCGCAGCGCCGGCUGGCGCCGGCCGCGGCCCCCAUGCAGCGCUGUCGCCGCUCCCGCCCCCGCCGGCGCCUGCCGAAGGCCUGUCGGGACUGGUGGCGCCCCUGCCGUUCAUGCGUCUCAGCAGCAGUGCCGUGGGCAGCGAGGUCGGUCAACGCGACGGCGAGGGGGACGUCGAUGAUGACGACGAGGGCAUGCAGCGUGAGCCCAGCGCACGACAGCUGGUGCGACCGCACGGCCGCCGUGCUGCUGGGAAGGAGGAAACGGAGGAUAGCGACGAAGGUGACAGGGCAGCAGCGGCGGAGGCAGGGCAGCAGCGGCAGCUGCGAGAUGGGCACCACCAGCACCGGCAGCACCAGGGGGAGUUAGACCACCGGCAGGAGGCUGAGCGGGACCGUGAACGGCCGCGGCAGCGUGGUCGCGCUGACCGGGACGGCGGUGGCGGCGGUGGUGGCGGCGGUGGUGGCGGCGGCGGCGGUGGCGGCCCGGCGCCGCCAUCGCGCCUGCCGUCCGCGGCUUCGGGGGGUCUGCCGUCGUCACCGUCGAGCGCCGUGACGCUGUCACCUAGCGGAGUGCAUGGCACGCAUGGAGACGGCGGUGCUGCGGACGGCUCGCCGUCAGGUGGUAUAGCGCCGGCGGCGGUUGCAGGAGGCGGAGGCGGAGGGUGCGUUGCUGCCACUGUGGGGCCCGCGGCUGGUGCGGCAGAAGCCCGGCCACGGCCGUCGAUUGUGAUACCGACGAAAAGCUACGGCCUAGGGCCAGGCGAAGGGGACAAGUGCGCGCGGCCACCAAGCCAACGGAGCAGCGUGGACGGCUUCGCGCGCCGUAGCGUUGAUGGUGUUGCCGCCGCGGUGGCAGCACCAGCGGACGCGGCCGGCGCCGCCUUUGCUGCAGCAGCUGGCGGCGUGGCGGCACGGCGGCCAGGCGCCGUCGCCCCUGUCGCCCGCCCCAUGGAGGAGCGGUUGACAGCCGCUGCAGCAGCGCCAGCAGCGCCAGCAGCGCCAGCUGUGGUGGGGGCAUUGCCUGUGGGAGCAGAUGUGCCGCUGUCGCUGCCAGGCAGUCAGCAGGCAGGAGCGCAGGGCGGUGGCUACGGCGAUGCCGACGACGACGCCUCCGCUGCCGACAGCAGCACCGGCGCGCCGCCGCCGCGGCAGCGCAGCGCGCCGCAGCAACCAUCGCCCUUUGCAGCGCCGCUGCCGGCCAGCGUCGCCCCGGGCCGGUCGCUGCGUGUACGUGGGCCCCGCGGCGGCGACCCGGCUGACUCCUCCUCGGCCUCCUCCGGCCCAGACCUGGCCGCGCGGCCGGGCGCGGGUGGCGCAUGUGGCGCAGACCAGCCUGUCGCCACCUCUCCCGUGAUGGCGGCGGCGCCCCAGGCGGCACUCACGCUCGCACCCGCACCCGCUGUGGCCGCCGUGACGGCACCGGCUGCCGCAGCCGUGCCGGUAGCCGCCGCCAACGCUGCUGCGCUGGCGCGCACACCAUCUGGCCGUGCGCCGCCGCGGCCGCCCGGUGGCGCCGCCUCCCCGGGCAUGUACGCCAGUCCCACCACGCCGCCACACCCUGCUGCCGCCGCCGCCGGCUUGUCCGGCCUCAGCCUCGGCCUUGACCGCGCUCAGCGUCAUGACGGCGGCGGCGGCGAUGACAGCGAUGACAGCGGCUGCGUCGAAUCCACCGUGUCUGACUCGGACCUGACAAUCGUGGCCUACAGCACCGGCCUCAGCGCGCGCAUUGACGCGCGGCUGCAGCAGCGCCCGCCCGGUCCGUCGGUUGCGGCUGUGGCUACGGCAGUAGCAGCAGCGGCCACAGCGUCGCGGGGAGCUGCAGCCGCCGCGGGGCACACGCAGUUCGGUGGCGGCGGCGGCUCCCAGCGUUACCUGGCCAUGCCUCCGCACGCCGACGCGUUACCGAGCGUGGGUGCAGGUAUGGGUGUUGCGGCAGGGGGGCUGCCAGCAUCCUCAUCCUCCGCGGCGCUCGCGACAGCCGCCACGCUCGUGGCGCUCAUUGAUGAGGACUUGCACCGCGGCGGCGGUGGCAGCGUGGGAACGGGCAUGCGGGGCGGCGGUGGCGGCUCAGGUCGCCGGGCGGAGUCCGCUGGACGCCGGCGCAGCAGCGGCUACCCACCGCUGUUGCAGACGCCGGGCGCGGCCGGCUCGCCUGCAGUGGCGACCGCGGCCGCGCUGCAGCGGCAGCUGUCGCAGCAGCGCCUUAGCGCGCGUGUGGGGCUGCUAGGUGAGCCCUCCGCCGGAGACGUCGGCGCUAGCGCCACGGCUGCUGCCGCCGCGGGCAGUAGCAGCAGCUGGCGCUGGGCGCCAGGCACGGACGCGCUUGCAGUGGCGCGGACUUCCCUGUCAGGGGUUGCUGGUCAGCCGCUGCUGCAGCAGCUCCCGGCCCGCCGCGACAGCAGCCAAGGCCGGCAGCCCAGUAUCAACCCCAGCCAGUCGCAACAGCAGCAACAGCUGCAGAUGCUACUCAGCUCGCAACCCAACCCACAUCACCACCGCCACCAUCACCAACACCAUCAGCACCACCGCCACCACCGCAGCCAUCGCAGGGGCAGCGGCGCCAGCCCGCUCAGCGACGGCGACGGCGGCAGCAGCGACGACGACGGCGGCGCGCUGGCCGCCGGGCGUGUAGGCGCGGGUUAUCCCUUAGCUUCCUACAAGUCAAUGCGUGACUCGCUCUCCCUGCCUGGAGCUCAGCCCAGUCAGAUGUCCGGUGCGGCCAUGAGCGCGGCGGCGCUGCCGGCACACCUGCACCCGCCCUUCACGGCGCCCGCCCCCAGCCACGUCAGCAGCCAGCACCGGCUGCUGACGGCAGGGCUGGUGGCGGCAGCCGCCAGCGGCGGCGGCUGCGUCGGCGGCUCGGCCACCGCGUCGGCGGCUGUGAGCGGUGCUGGUGGCGGUGCGGCGCUGGGGAGCAUCAUGCGGCGUCUGGAUGGCCAGCUGGCGGAGGUGCAGGUAGCCACGGUGCCGGGGGCGCCGGCGGGAGCGGGGGCGGGCGGCUCGGCGGCCACGACGGCGUCAGGGGCCGCACCGCUGGCGCUGGCGGCAGGCGGCGCGGGCGCGGCGCCGCAGCUGCUGGGGCGGCAGCUGUCGGGCCGGGUGGCGUUUGGCGGGUUGGUGACGGGGCGUGCGGUCGGCAGCACGAGCGGCGGACUGCUGUUGGGGAUGGGCGGCGUGCCGGGGGUGGACGAGGUCCGUGGGGGUUCUGCCGGGGCUGUGGACAUAGACAUGCUGAAGCGUGACCUUGAGCGCGUGCUGGGCAAGUAGGUUGAGGCACAGGCUGUGUGGUGUAGGGGUGAUGUGGGUUGAUUUUUAGGGUGAGUUUAUGGCUGGAGGGGGUGGUCACCUUGGGAGGCUGUGUGGUGUGGUGGGAGGACGGAGAGCGAUCACGGGCGCCAGACCAAUACGAAUAGGGGUCAACAUGUGCGGAAGGAGGUGUACAGGGAGUGGAAUGCGCCAGGGCCCGUGGUGCAUGGCUGGGAGCGUUGUGGUUGAGGCGGCUCGACUCAUUUUCUUCAUUCAUCGGCACGUAUGUGAGAGGCAUGUGCGGUGGAAGGCCGAAGGCCAGUCGUGUGUGUGCGCGGUGGCGAUGGAAUCAACUCAGGAGGGCGCCGCGCGAGGGUGAUGCAGCCGGCGGAUGGUGGCCGUCGGUUAACCGGGUUCUUCAUAUAACUCGUGUGCAGCAGGACGAGAUUGAAACAGUCAGAAUGGCCAAUCGGUCAAGGCAAGGCGCAGAUUUUUUGGGCUGAGCCCCCUGAGCGAAGCGAUCCAGGGGGGGCGAAGCCCCCCAGGAUUGCCCCUGUCCGUGCCUGCCUGGUGCCUGCCUGCGUCGACAAAAAGUACCAUACUGGCACAAACCGCGAGCGCCACGUAUUAUUAAUUGCUAUUCCCUAUUGUAGAAAAAUAGGCGGCAGGGAAAACUCCGCCGGAGCGAGAAGCGACCUCGUGAGUCCAUGGACAGCUUGACUUUCUUCAGUCCGCGAGUAUAGCUCUCGGCCCCUAAAUAUCUUACAUCCAUGUAUCAAAACAUGUCGACGACAAGCGUCUUGGGGCAAGAAUGUCGAAAUUGUUUGCAACAGCCAAACCAUGCGUCCCCGAGCCUUGAAUGUGUCGCGGCCCGGGAUCCCGCGCCCGAGCCCGGCUAGCAAUUUGCGGUGCUUGAGUGGGAUGUGGGUGAGGUGCAUUUGGGAUAUCAUGGACCGUGAAGUGGCGUGGGUAAGGUGGCGUGGCGUGGCGGGGACAGGGCAUGUCGGUGCCUCGGCACGGCGUUGGCAUAGUGGCCAGUCCCGCUGGAUGGGCUUGCAAGGGUGCUGUUCAUGUCGCCGGUGCCCAUCGUCACAUCCCCUUGCGCUACAUGGGGCUCAGCCCAUUUUCCAGCUGUACAAAGCUGACACCCCUUGUUCCAGAUUAUAGAGCAGAGGGGGCGGGCAAGGCCACGUGGAGGAGGACAGCGCGGCGCCGCCUUCAAAGCGGCGCCGGCGCGCAGGUUGAGACCUGCCGGUGUUGUCUGGUUAGCGACCUGUGCUGACGAGGAUGGCGUAGCGGGCAGUCAGCUGCAGCGGCAUGGGUGUUUUCCUUGCUGUCUGGUUGGCCUGCUGCCUGCUGCACUAGUGCUUGAUAGCUGGGCGCCACUGGGCACAUAUGGCGGGCGGUGCCUGUACAAACCGACCCCGGCUAUGUCCGGGAGAUGAGGCUAGUAUCGGAACCUUCGGCCUCAGACGGAGGACGUGGCGUGGCGGCACAGCCCACUUUUCCCUUGCAAGGGAGAGCCACCUUUUCUUGUCUUCAUUCAUCAAUAAGCACGUAUGUGAGAGGCAUGUGCGGUGGAAGGCCGAAGGCCAGUCGUGUGUGUGCGCGGUGGCGAUGGAAUCAACUCAGGAGGGCGCCGCGCGAGGGUGAUGCAGCCGGCGGAUGGUGGCCGUCGGUUAACCGGGUUCUUCAUCUAACUCGUGUGCAGCAGGACGAGAUUGAAACAGUCAGAAUGGCCAAUCGGUCAAGGCAAGGCGCAGAUUUUUUCCAGAUUAUAGAGAGGCCAGGCGCAAUGUGAGCAGGCCCUGAGUAGGACGUACGUGGCUGAGGACUGGACUGGAGGAUGAAGCUGGCCAGUUGACGUUGAGUUGAGUUAGUUAGUUGGGCUGCGCGCACAGCUGGAUGGUUGGUCUCUACUGUUCAGUGCGGUUCUUGCGCACGGGCGGGUUCUAGACUGAACGUCUAGCACAUUUACGCGCCGGACUUCCACCGGUCCGGUCCGGCGGCCCCUCGAUUCUAACUCGAGCCUUUGAUGGGGCGCUCUGACGCUUGUGGCUGCUGGGUAAAGCGUAGCCAGGGGGGCUUACGUCCCUUUCUUGGGGUGUGCAUGGAGUUGGUGGAAUUCAGACCCCUACGCCGUGUGGGGGGUCGGACUGGGUGGAGAGACUCAACCACAACAAUGCGUGC